GGGGGCCGCCGCGCUCGCCCGCCAUGGACACCAAACACUUCCUGCCGCUCGACUUCUCCACCCAGGUGAACUCCUCGUCCCUCAACUCCCCCUCCGGCCGGGGCUCCAUGGCCGCCCCCUCGCUGCACCCCUCUCUGGGGCCCGGCCUCGGCGCCCCCCUGGGCUCCCCAGGACAGCUGCACUCGCCCAUGAGCACGCUGAGCUCCCCCAUCAACGGCAUGGGCCCGCCUUUCUCGGUCAUCAGCGCCCCCGUGGGCCCCCACUCCAUGUCGGUGCCCACCACACCCACGCUGGGCUUUGGCACCGGCAGCCCCCAGCUCAGCUCCCCCAUGAACCCCGUCAGCAGCAGCGAGGACAUCAAGCCCCCGCUGGGCCUCAACGGCGUCCUCAAAGUCCCGGCCCACCCCUCAGGGAACAUGGCGUCCUUCACCAAGCACAUCUGUGCCAUCUGCGGGGACCGCUCCUCAGGCAAGCACUACGGGGUGUACAGCUGCGAGGGCUGCAAGGGCUUCUUCAAGCGGACGGUGCGCAAGGACCUGACCUACACCUGCCGGGACAACAAGGACUGUCUGAUCGACAAGCGGCAGCGCAACCGCUGCCAGUACUGCCGCUACCAGAAGUGCCUGGCCAUGGGCAUGAAGCGGGAAGCCGUGCAGGAGGAGCGGCAGCGAGGCAAGGACCGCAACGAGAACGAGGUGGAGUCCACCAGCAGCGCCAACGAGGACAUGCCCGUGGAGAAGAUUCUGGAGGCUGAGCUGGCCGUGGAGCCCAAGACCGAGACGUAUGUGGAGGCCAACAUGGGGUUGAACCCCAGCUCGCCCAACGACCCCGUCACCAACAUCUGCCAGGCGGCGGACAAACAGCUCUUCACGCUGGUGGAGUGGGCCAAGCGCGUCCCGCACUUCUCGGAGCUGCCACUGGACGACCAGGUCAUCCUGCUGCGGGCAGGCUGGAACGAGCUGCUCAUCGCCUCCUUCUCGCACCGCUCCAUCUCUGUGAAGGACGGCAUCCUGCUGGCCACCGGGCUGCACGUGCACCGCAACAGCGCGCACAGCGCUGGGGUGGGCGCCAUCUUCGACAGGGUGCUGACGGAGCUGGUGUCCAAGAUGCGGGACAUGCAGAUGGACAAGACGGAGCUGGGCUGCCUGCGGGCCAUCGUCCUCUUCAACCCCGACUCCAAGGGGCUGUCCAACCCUGCCGAGGUGGAGGCGCUGCGGGAGAAGGUCUACGCGUCCCUGGAGGCCUACUGCAAACACAAGUACCCCGAGCAGCCGGGCAGGUUCGCCAAGCUGCUGCUGCGCCUGCCGGCCCUGCGCUCCAUCGGCCUCAAGUGCCUGGAGCACCUGUUCUUCUUCAAGCUCAUCGGGGACACGCCCAUCGACACCUUCCUCAUGGAGAUGCUGGAGGCCCCCCACCAGAUGACUUAGGCGGGUCCCUCGCACCUGCGCCCCGCCGCUCAGCGUGCUCAGUGGGGCCCGCCGCCCCGCAGGGCUUGCAGGGACCCGGGGGCGCAGCCUACGCCGCUCGGCCGCCACGGCCACCCCCACCACCGCCGCCAGCGGGGGCAUGGCUUUCCGGGCAGCCGCUGGAGAGGGCGGAACUGGCGGCCGCGGCUCGUCUCCGCGCAGACGGGAAGGCGGCCUGUUCCGGUCGCGAGUCUUAUCUCUGUCUCGGGGCUCCCCCGCGAGGCCGGCUCCUGUGUGGAGGGACCCAGCUUUACCUCCGCUCAGGGCCGCGGCCACCCGGCACCAGGCGGGCGCCGAGCGGGGCCGGCAGGACACCCGUCCCCAGAAGACCAGAGGCCCCCUGGGCCAGGGCUCUCCUGCCCCCAUGUGGAGGGCGGGCGCCCCUCUUUCCAAAGAUGACUCGUGACCUUGCCAGUCGGGCAGAAGUUGACCUCGGUGUGGGGUUUUGGGGCCACCCCGAGGCUCCAGGGACGGGGCCUCCAUCCCCUUGAUUUCUCUGCGUGCUGGUGUCCUCUAUCCCGCGCAUCCUGCCCAGCCCAGCAGAAGCAGACCGGCCGCCGGCUUCUCCCACCCGCCCUCCCCGGUGCGGGGAGGAGCAGCCUGGCCCGCGUUGGCCCCUUCGCCGCUGUGUCCGCAGGGGCGGGGCAGGAGGGGCUGCUGGCCGCUUCCAGGCUGUGCACCCUGGGGGGCCCAGGGCAGGGGCGCAACAGCAGGAGGGGCGUCCGGGGCUCCCCAUAGCCAGUCCCCUUCUCUGGCUGACUGUUCUAGAAGACUCUUGGAAUCAGAACUUGGGCGCCUGGGAGGGCAUCUGGGCCUGGGUGUGCGCGCCCCUCAGGCACAGCCCCCCACUGGGCGUGAGAGCCCCUCCAGCUCCUGCUCGGGCCGCGUCCCGGCAGCGUGCCCCAGCGCGGAGGCGACGGCUCUGGGUGGGGGGCUCUCAGGGUGAACUGGCCUCUUUUGCACUGUAACACGCUCCUUUUGGCCGACCUCACGCCCAGGCGCCCCAGCAUCUGUGAGCGGGAUGGAUCUGGGGAGGGUCCCGCCCGGGCUGGCGUGGGUGGGCCGAGGGGAGGCGGGCUCUGGUGGGGAGCAGGCGCCCUGCUGUGCUUCCAGGAUGCUGGUGGUGCGGGCAGAGGUGGUCCGAGGUCCCAGGGUGUCUGUCCGCCCCGCCUCCUGAGUGGCCCCCACCACCGCCCUGCCCCCUCACCCACCACCUGGCAGAGACGGGCAGGCCAGGACCUGCCCAGCGCACCCUCCCAGACUCUCCCUCAACAUCUGGGCCACCUCGAGAUGUCCUGAGUGACACAGGCAUGCUUGGGAGACGCCCCAGUGUCCCCCAGCUGCGGGAACCUUGCAGGCUGCCCCACCCUGACACCCGGUGCCUUCUGCAGCCACACGCGCCGGCUUGUCAGCUCUCUGCACCCCAUGUUCCAGCUCCGCCCCUGCGCCCCUCAGGAACUGGCGGCCCCAGGGGGCAAAGUGCAGGUGGGGUCUCUUGCGGGGCCUGGCACCAUGAAGCACUGAGACCCAGGCCACCGCCUCGGAAGUCAGGGAGCCUUCCCUGGCCGCCCAGCCCGCAGCUGCCGGACCGGCCCUCCCCGUCCCACCGGCCGCGUCUCCCCGUGACGUCACACGUGCCGUCGGGUGGGAAGGUGGGCGCUCGGCCCCGGCCAUGAGGCGGAACCUUUACCCAGACCUUUGAGAGUAUUACCUAUCUGGUUCAAUUAAGGUGAUUUUCUGUAAUUGUUAUUUUGGUGGGACAGUCUUUAAUUUUCUAAAGACAGCGCUAACAUCAGUUCGUUGGCCACUG